AUGGAGAUCUCACGAGGACCCCCUAGGGUCAAAAACAAGGCCGCUGCGCCUAUUCAGAUCUCUGCCGAACAACUAUUGCGAGAGGCUGUUGACCGACAGGAGGAGGGCGUUCAAGCUCCGACGCAGCGCUUCGAAGAUCUGGAGGAACUACACGAAUACCAAGGUCGGAAGAGGAAGGAAUUCGAGGACUAUGUUCGGCGCAACCGAAUUAAUAUGAAUAAUUGGAUGCGUUAUGCACAAUGGGAAUUGGAACAGAAGGAAUUUCGCAGAGCGCGAUCGAUUUUCGAACGAGCUUUAGAUGUCGAUUCUACCUCCGUCGUAUUAUGGAUUCGUUACAUUGAAGCGGAGAUGAAGACGAGAAAUAUCAACCAUGCUCGAAAUUUGCUUGAUAGAGCGGUGACGAUCUUACCACGAGUCGAUAAGCUAUGGUACAAAUAUGUUUAUAUGGAGGAGACUCUUGGAAAUAUUCCAGGUACACGCCAAGUGUUUGAACGAUGGAUGUCAUGGGAACCAGACGAGGGUGCAUGGAGUGCAUACAUCAAACUCGAGAAGCGGUAUAAUGAAUUCGACCGCGCCAGAGCUAUUUUCCAGAGGUUUACCAUCGUCCACCCAGAGCCAAGAAACUGGAUCAAAUGGGCACGUUUUGAGGAAGAAUACGGAACGAGCGACCUAGUCCGGGAAGUCUAUGGACUUGCGAUUGAGACCCUUGGUGACGAUUUCAUGGAUGAGAAGAUUUUUGUUUCGUACGCCAAAUUCGAAGCGAAGCUAAAGGAAUACGAACGGGCUCGUGCCAUCUAUAAAUUCGCACUUGAUCGACUACCGCGCUCCAAGUCAGUUACUUUACAUCAGGCAUAUACGACAUUUGAAAAGCAGUUUGGUGAUCGCGAAGGUGUUGAGGAUGUUAUCUUGAACAAACGUCGUGUUCAGUAUGAGGAACAAAUCAAGGAAAACCCUCGCAACUACGACGUAUGGUUUGACUUUGCUCGGUUGGAAGAGACUUCAGGAGAUGCGGAUCGCAUCAGGGAUGUAUAUGAAAGAGCAAUUGCUCAGAUACCACCUUCUCAGGAGAAGCGCCACUGGCGGAGAUACAUAUAUCUAUGGAUAUUCUACGCCUUAUGGGAAGAGAUGGAGAGCAAGGAUAUCGGCCGCGCCAGACAAAUCUAUCAAGAAUGUCUGAAGCUGAUACCACACAAGAAGUUUACCUUUGCCAAAAUCUGGCUCAUGAAAGCUCAGUUUGAGAUACGUCAAAUGGAACUUCAAGCAGCCCGAAAAACACUUGGACAAGCAAUUGGCAUGUGUCCUAAAGACAAGCUGUUCCGUGGUUAUAUUGAUUUGGAACGCCAAUUAUUCGAAUUUAACAGAUGCCGAACUCUGUAUGAGAAACAAAUCGAAUGGAAUGCAGCGAACAGUCAGGCUUGGAUCAAAUUUGCCGAGCUUGAACGGGGCUUGGAAGAUCUGGAACGAGCGCGGGCGAUUUUCGAAUUAGGCAUCGAACAACCAACACUUGACAUGCCAGAGUUGGUCUGGAAAGCGUAUAUUGAUUUCGAGGAAUACGAAGGAGAAUAUGACCGGACGCGUGACUUAUAUGAGAGGUUACUGCAGAAGACGGAUCACGUCAAGGUCUGGAUCAAUUAUGCCAAAUUCGAAAUCAACAUUCCAGAAGGCGAAGAGGAAGAGGAGGAGGAGGAGGAACGGCCAGUCAGCGAGGAAGCGAAACGACGGGCUCGCAAGAUCUUUGAACGCGCCAACAAGGUGAUGAAGGAUAAGGAUCUCAAGGAAGAGAGGGUGGAUCUCCUAAAUGCAUGGAAGGCAUUCGAACAAGCCCAUGGGUCCGCCGAAGAUCUUGCAGCGAUCGAAAAGCAGAUGCCACGGCGGGUCAAGAAGCGUCGCAAGUUGGACGACGACCGUUACGAGGAAUACAUGGACUAUGUUUUCCCAGCAGACGAUGCAUCGGCAGCCAAUUUGUCUCGGCUGUUACAACGUGCCCACGCCUGGAAACAACAGCAACAGGGACAAAGCUGA